ACUUGUAUAGAAAAGCACCUGUGGUUUAGGCCCAAGCGAGAUAGCGUAGUCCAUACCCUCAGUAUUCUUCAAACGACCUUGUUGUGUGGUAUGAUCUGUUAAAGCGGAUUUAUCGAUAUAAGCCGAGUACAAGUCCGUAGAUUGCACAGUCAGCAAGUCUGUUGGUCCGGAGAUCGAUCAGUCGGUUCUAUUCAGGAGUUUGUUGUGUGAGAUUUUCGCGUAAAUUCGGAGCUGCAAGGAUGCCGGAAGACAGCUUGAAAAUAGGGCUGGAUGAGCUAUGGAAGCGGUUAUCGACCUCGAAUAGCGGCUCGCUCUUGAAGAAACACCUCACACCGACCGUGUACGAGAAACUCAAGGACAAGGUCACCGACUACGGGGGAUCGCUCGCCGAUUGUAUACGCUCAGGGUGUCUUCAUUUGAAAAGCCAUUGCGGAAUUUAUGCCUCCGAUCCGGAUGCGUACGAUGUGUUUUCGGACGUAUUUUACCCCGUGAUCAAGGAUUACCACGGUGUGCAGACACUAGCCCACCCAAAGCCAGACUUCGGGGACCUUGACAACCUUGGCUUCGGUGAUCUCGAUCCAAAAAAUGAUUUCAUUAAUUCGACCAGGAUCCGUGUAGGACGAUCUCACGCCAACUUCGGCUUUCCGGCGACAUCAACAAAAGAAGACCGACUGGAGAUGGAGCGCAUGACGGUGGCGGCGCUGCGGACCCUUCGUGGCGAGCUGGCCGGCAAGUACUUCCCACUUAGCACCAUGACGCCCGCUGUCGAGAAACAGAUGAUCCAGGACCACUUCCUUUUCCGAAACGACGACCCUGUGUUGGGCGACGCGAACGGGUACGACGACUGGCCGGCGGGCCGCGGGAUCUUCUUCAGCAACAACAAGCGCUUCCUUGUCUGGCUGAACGAGGAGGAUCACCUCCGCAUCAUCUCCAUGCAGGAGGGAGGCAACCUCGCCGAGGUCUGGCAGAGGCUUGUCAAGGGCCUCACGGCGCUGGAGAAGAAGCUGACGUUCGCACACCACCCGAAGUUUGGCUACCUCACAUUUUGUCCGACCAACCUGGGAACCACCCUGCGCGCCAGCGUACAUAUCCGCAUCCCGAACCUCUCCAAGAAGCCCGAUUUCAAACAGAUUUGCGACAAGCUCAAUCUUCAGCCCAGAGGUAUCCACGGCGAACACUCAGAGAGCGAGGGUGGCGUGUACGACAUUUCCAACAAGCGCCGGAUGGGCCUCACUGAGAUCGACGCUAUCCAGGAAAUGAGGAGAGGUGUGGAGAAAAUCAUCGAGCUGGAAAGCAAUCUCCGCAAAACUAAGAAAUAGGCAGCUUCUCUACACACCCUCGCAUACCAAUAUUUAUACAUGGACGUUUUUAUUUUACAGCUAAAUAUUUUCGUAGUGUUUUGGAUUUUACACCGAAUAUUGUGAUAUUUUUGUAACAAUAUAUCUACAGAAUUUAUGAUUGAUAAUACAGGUUUGUUACAUUGACUAACGUUUGUUACUUUUACGAGUGUUUCAAUAAAAAAUAUAAAACGGU